AUCCCAAGAAUGACCUUUCAACUUUCACAAACUUCCCGCGCUUUUCUCCUUCCAGCUGUGAGAAGCUUCGCCAGACGCUGACUCUAGACGACGCAAGCGGUGAAGUUGGAUUUCCGAUUGAAAUACUCGUUGACUUCUUUGGAACUUUAGCAGCGUGAGGACUGAGGUAUGAUGGCAGAGGCACAGGGAUCACAGACAUCACUCGACUUCUGUCACAAUCCACAUGCAGGCGCCCUCUUGCAGGGUUUACAGGAACUGCGAUCUGACAACCUCCUGACAGAUGUUGUCCUUUGUGUCUCAGGAAAAGAGAUUCCGUGCCAUCGAAACGUUCUGGCUGCCUGCAGUGAAUAUUUCCGUGCUAUGUUCUGUAACGGACACCGUGAGAGCAAAGAGCCCAAAGUAACCAUACAUGAAGUUAGCCCUGGUGCCUUGCAGCUUCUUGUUGACUACGCAUACACAUCAAAAGUCACCAUCACACAAGACAAUGCUGUGAAACUGCUAGAAGGGGCAAACUUCUUCCAGAUCCUACCUGUGCGUGAUGCUUGUGUGAGUUUCAUAUCCAACAACCUGAGUGCCAAAGACUGUCUGCAGAUGAUGCACAUAGGCAACAUUCUGUCCUGCCCAGACCUGGAGAACAGAGCAAGGUCGUAUGCCUUAAAGGACUUUGCAACACUCAGCAAAGCACCCGAGUUUCUUUCUUCGACUAAGGGUCAACUCGUCACACUUAUCUCAUCUGAUGACCUCAAUGCUUCAGAAGAAGUUGUGUACACAGCAGUGACGUCAUGGAUCAACCACGACACUGAUGGGAGGAAUGAGGACAUGAAAGAGCUGAUGGAACUGGUCAGGUUCCCCUUCAUGGACAAGCAAUACUUCUUGGAGAAUGUAGAGAGCAACGAGGCCGUAAGGAAGUCUUGUCAGGAUGUCAUGACAGAAGCUCGCAGAUGCCAGCAUUUUCCAAGAGAGAUUGAGUCCCCUCGCACCCGUCCCUGCCAUGCCAGUGGUCUGAGGGAGGCAGUGGUGGUCAUUGGAGGGUUGCUUGAACAUGAAAAUUUAAAUAAGUCCAAAUCCUUCACCAUGACCUGCAAUGCAAAUCCAAAUCCAGUUGAGGUCUAUGACCGAAGACAGAACAAGUGGACUGAAGGUGUUCCUCUCCCACAGCCAAAGAUUCAGCAUGCAGUUGCAGUGUUGGACAGCAGCAUAUAUGUGAUGGGUGGGUAUAAUGAUAAAGACGAGCGAACAGCCACCAUGGACCGCUUCAGCCCAGGAGACUCACAGUGGCAGUCCAUGAGGGACAUGCCUGGUGUAGCUGUAGCUGAUUGCGGUGCGAUUGCCACAGUCCUAAAUGGCCUUAUCUACCUGGCUGGGUUACAGUCAUCCCUUUACUGUUACACUCCCAGUGAAGAUGGUGGUCUCUGGAGUGAGGUAGUAUCACUAUCAGGUGUUCGAGAGGACUGUGGAAUGACUGUAUUUAAGGGGAAGGUUUACUUCUUUGGAGGCUAUGAUGAUACAACUGGUGAAGAAAAUACAGAUGUCAUGUGCCUUGAUCCAGAAAACCAGUCUCUCACUCAUGUAGGAAACAUGGACAAGGCUCUAUGCAACUUUUCUUGCAUCACAAUACUUAAGUAUUCCUGAUGUACAAAGCCACAAGUCACAUUUUGAUUUUGGUACUACAUUGUAUGUUAGCAGCUACAUGAAUAGUCCUACAUUGUUUGACAGAGUGUGUUUCCAUGCCAUAUGAUUCUGUUCCUGUGGCACAUUGACAAGGAAAUGGAAUGAUAUCAAUAGGAGACAACAGGACACAAUGACCCUAGUACAUGACUGUAUGUUUACUGAAGCACCAUUCAGUGUAACUAAGGCCACAACAGGUACAUUUUAUUGAUGACAUCCUCUGCCUGCUACAAAAAUAUUGAGACAGUGCAAAAAAAAAGAACAAGAUUGGUAAAAAAAAAAA